UUUUAUACAAUCUGCAGGUUUUUCCAUAGACUUUGCGUUAAACAAAAUUCUUCUACCUGUAAACCCGCUUUUACACUGUAGCUACUUGGUCCAAUCAUUUCAAUAUGGAUAGAAUUCCAGUAUUGGAGAUUGUGGAGCAACCUAAGCAGCGUGGAAUGAGGUUUCGAUACGAAUGUGAAGGGAGAUCUGCUGGAAGUAUUCCUGGGAAAAAUACAAAUGGCGAUCGAAAAACAUGGCCGUCAUGCCAGGUCUUGAACUACUCUGGUGUGGCGAUCAUGCGAGUUUCACUUGUGUCCAAAGACGACCCACCAAGACCCCACCCUCACAGUUUAGUUGGGAGAGACUGUAACAACGGGGUUUGUCAGAUUAACGUGGAUCCUGGCAACCAAAUGCUAGGGGUUUUCCCGAACCUUGGAAUUCAGUGCGUGCGACGCAGAGAAGUCAGUCAAGCGAUACAAGAUCGUUUAAACCACGGAGUGAAUCCCUUCGGUACGAUGUUGGACGGAGACGAGAGAUCCGCAGUUGAUGUCGACCUUAAUAUUGUUCGUCUUUGUUUUGAAGCUUUUAUCCCGGACGCAAGGGGAAAAUACACACAAAAACUGGAACCCGUUGUGUCAGAUCCAAUAUAUGAUAAAAAAGCCACUUGUUCGUCUGUGUUGAAAAUAUGUCGUGUCGAUAAAACCCACGGAAGCUGUAUGGGUAACGAAGAAGUGUUUCUCUUGUGCGACAAAGUACAGAAAGAGGACAUCCAAGUUGUUUUCUAUCGCGAUAACUGGGAAGCUUUGGGUGACUUUUCAUCCGUGGAUGUUCAUAGACAGGUUGCUAUUGUGUUCCGAACACCACCUUUUUGCAACGAAAAUAUCCAAGAGAAAGUAGAUGUACAAUUUAAACUAAGAAGGCCAUCAGACAUGGAGACAAGCAAGCCCCUAGUAUUCACCUAUCUCCCUGUAUAUCAUGAAAUGCCCCAGAAACAUAAAUUUCCGACCCAGCUACUCUCCCAUCCGAUCAGGAGCAACAACAACAAAAACGGAGAAAUUAGGAAAUUUAUCAGCGACCGAAUACGAAAAUCAAAAGAACCAGCUCAAAGACAGAUGUAUUCCCCUAAUCCGAACAUCGCUGCAGCUUCUCUUAACCAUCACGGCAUGAUAAGGAACCCCAGCAACCCCACAAUUUGUCCAACAGCUCAGCCUUCCACCGAGCAAUUUACUUCAACGAUGAACCCAAGCUACCAGUAUGUGAAACGGGAAGAUCACUCCUCCACCGCCAUCUUUCCCGGCGACCCCCAGUGGCCGGACAGUAGUCAUUCCCAGCCACCAUUUCCAAGUGCUAGCAGUCUUUUCAACGACAGCAUGGUACAACCAGGGUUCGGCCCCAUACAGAACACCACAGCCACUCCAUUCUUCGAUGCAAACAGCGGAAAGUUCAUCAGCGAAAAAUCAACAAUCAGCGAAGUGCAAAAAAGCGAGCUCGCAAUGCCGACAGCUUUGCCGCCUGCAGACGAUGGGCAAACGCAACGUAGUUACUUCUGGAGUGAUUUGUUAAAACAGGAAGACAGCAUCCCACGUCUUGAUGCCGAGCAAACCCGUCAACUUCUUCAGGACAAUGUUUCAAUGCCAGACACCGCGUUGGAAAAUAUUUCCAUGGAUUCCAUGCUGGAACAGUGGAUGUCAAAGAAGUGCAGCAUUGAAGGCCCAAUGAGCAUCAACCUUACUGAUAUCCUUGCCAGUGAAAACCUACCAUCGACCAACAACGGCCCUACACAACCCAUUGAGAACGAAUACCAACAGAUGUCUCCUUAGCCUGCUUUCUCCACCUCCAACACCGCUCCUACAACUUCUAACUUGCUAACCCAGUCAAUGACAUUCUCCCAAACAACUAUGCCCCUGGACGCUACCAGCACUGGGAUAUUAUCCCCUAACCAUACGCCGCAGCUGUUUAACCAUCAACAACACCCAGUUAUGUCCCCAAUACAUCCUUCGUCCCACCAGCCGCAGCAGAACGCAGUGAACAUGCAGCGAAUGGACAUGAACCUCCCUGGUCAGCAGCAGCGAUUCCACCCACAGUUUUCCGAACCCACCCCCUUUGGAACCAACAGCAACAAUAACCAUUGCAUCGAGCAGACGAACCCAGGAACUUUUGCACUAUCCCCCACUCAAAACGACCACAACGUAGAAAGCACCAUCAUAAGCACGUUCCUUCAAAAUCUUGAAACUGUGCAGAGAUAAUGGUCAUACUUUCAUUGGAAAUCAUGGACGAAUGAUAUCAGCACCCACGUCGGGCUCUUCAACGUGCGUUUUCAGUCCAACUUGAGAGCAACUCUUUUCAUUGUGUGUUCAUUAACGUUUUAUUAUUGCGCCGUUCCAGUGGUUUAACACCGUUGAUCACAUUUCAAAAUAGAGCUGCAUAACUCUAGUCAACUGAAAUUCGUUUGUUUUAAGAUAUCACGUUUUUAGCUUUUUUGAACUUAUUUUUAUCAUUUUUAACUACAAUAAUUCUGGUGAACUGUUUACAGAAAUACCAUUGCAGCAACUCUGACGUAACAGCAAAAUGUUUUUUUUAUGCUAAAGUUUUACUCUCUUUACCCAGCAGCAUGCAACUUGAAAAUAUAAAAUGUCGAUUUGGCCUCUUUUUGGCCAAUCACAUAUUUCCAAUUUAAUGUCAUACGUCUAUAUUAAGUCAGCAUUAUGGAACCUGCUCUGAAACUUAUCUUAUGUUGUACUAAUACUAUUCCUAUAACCUUCAGUAGUGUGUUUGAACUAUUACGUAGCAACCGAUGUGUUUGGGAACCUUAGCGUUAUUUGCUCCUGUAUUGAGCCAUGUGCUCCACACACAAGUACUAAUUCCGCGUAAUUCGGUACUCCAAAGGGUGACUAUAAUAUAAAGUAGAUUUCAUAAGUACAAAUGGUAAAGGUGUUGCUGCCAUACUUCACCCAACAAACAAUAUGUUGCCCCAUUAUCACCAAAAUCACAUUAUGUUUUACAUUGUACGUCGCUUAAAGUUUCUCUUGUUAUUGUACAGUUGUUCCAUUUGCCGCCUUGCUCUUCUUAUAUCCGCUUAAAGCGCUAAAAUCUUUCAUAAAACAUUGUAAAUAAAGAAAAGACACCGAC